CAAAACAGCCGUUCGCUGAACCAUCGUCCGACACCAUGACACACGAGACAAGACCGGCUCAAGAUAAGCACAGCCUGGAGCGGGAGUUUGCCGAGUCCACCAGCCUUCACGGCAUCGCCCGGGUGUUUCACGCCAGCAAGCUGCUGGUCAAGACCGUCUGGAUUAUCAUCAUGCUGACCUGUCUCUGUGUCUGCGUCUGGCAGAUCUCGGACCGGUUUUACAUGUUCCUUCAGUACAAGGCCAACACCGAAAUCUCGGUGGAGUACACCAGGAACAUGGACUUCCCGGCGGUGACCAUUUGCAAUUUCAACAGGUAUCGACAAAGUGCGUUGACAGAGAGUGACAAAACAUUUCUGCCUUACAUCAUUUGGGCAAACGACUACGACUACGACUCGUUCGGCGACAGCCAGGCCGGCAUGGACUACUGGGACGUGACUUCUGAGGACGGGGUCAACGGCACGAGUUUCAACUACACGGACUUCACGCUGAGGGCGGGCUUUCUCAUGGAUGACGUCACCCUACGUCAAUGCGAAUGGCGACGGAAGACAAAAAGCUGUUCGCCCGCGAAUUUCUCUCACGUCUUUACUUCCUUUGGCAACUGCUGGACUUUUAACUCGGGGAAAACCGGACCGAUCCUGAGAGAGACUCAGGCUGGAAGCGGCAACGGGGUUCGGAUGCUUAUCGAUAUACAACAGAGCGAAUACACGGAAACGGUGGACGGUAACAUCCCUGCAGGGCUGAAGGUUUUAAUUCACGAUCAAGGGACGCCUCCCUUGGUAGAAUCAGCAGGGCUUGCUAUCUCACCCGGCGUGUAUGCAUUUAUAGGUGUACGAAAACAACAGUAUCUAAAUCUGGAACGUCCGUACGGGAAAUGCAAUGCCUCCAAGACGCUGACAAGAUUUACUCAUUACACGGCAGAAGGAUGUAACAUCGAAUGUAGAGCUAAGGCCAUACUGGAGAAGUGCAACUGCAGGCUUGUACGACACCCAGGGAACGAGAAUGAAUGUUCUCCCCAACAGACCAGCGGCUGCGCAAUGAACACCCUGGGUACCCUGGUAGGCGGGACGGAUAACCCAUGCGACUGUCCCGUGCCGUGUAACUAUGCAACAUUCACCACCUCGCUUUCCACAGCCGCCAUACCUAGCAACAGCGUGGCCGCUGACCUCCAGGCCAAGGCGCAGGCGCAGUAUUCCUACUCUUCCGACUAUUCCUAUUCGUCUUUUACUGUUCCAUCGCCGGACCAAACGGACCUAUUCGAGGAGGGAUAUUUAGAGAAAAACGGGGUAUUGUUGGAUGUGUUCUACGAAGACAUCAACUACGAAAGGUACGAGCAAUCGGAGGCCAUCACUGCAUCGGCUUUGAUCAGUGACAUAGGCGGCCAACUCGGUCUGUUUCUAGGAGCCAGUUUCAUCACCUUGGCGGAGAUGUUGUCUUAUUUUGGUAAAAAGAUCGACUUUUGGAUUAAGCGCGGGCUCAACAAGCACCGGCGUUUGUUGGAACGGCAGCGAGGUCGGAACAGGACGGAAAUGUCACUGCAAAGUGUGCGGAUUGAUAACGGCAACCAAAUGACAUUACUCUCCCAAGUUUAG